AUGGUCGUAACGAAAAGUGGAGCGAAUCCCUACGUACGCGACAUCGAACACGGAACAAAUAAUAAUGAGGUACUUCGCAAAAUGGAGUUCACACACCGUCUUGAUCUGGUGCUAUACAGAGAAGAUGUUCCUCAAGUCUUACUGAUGUUCAUAUUUGUCUACUCGGAUGAUGUGCGAUGUGAUCCAACAGCAGCUGGCCGGACUCCUAACAACCUGAAGUUAUUCAACAUUACAUGGAUUGCUGAAGAUGGUCUCUCCCUUUUGGAACCCAUUUCUGCCUCGAUUGCUUUCUAUCUGGUGCCCGUCGCCUCUGCCCUGAUAUAUGCGUGGGUGGUGGACCUC